GAGAGAGACUGGAGCUCGGAUUUGACGGCAUUGAUGAGGGGGGUCAUUCGGUCUGCGAGAUGAAGGGUGAAGGACGAGACCUCUCCCCUUAUAUUUUGGAACAUAUGAUCGAGGCUAUGAAAGCCAGCGCCGGGAACGGCGACUUACGCAACGCCGGGCUUUUUAGAGACGACAAAGAUGGAUAUGAGACAGCAGAAACCCGAGAAACAAACUGA